GCGAUUGCGUUACGUCAAUCAAACAAAUCAAAAUCAAACGCCGCUGUCGUUAACUUGCCAUUGUAAGCUAUGUCUUUACAAAAAAUAUUUUAAAGAAUCGCCUUUAAAUAUUAUGUUAAAUAAGUUAUUUGGUUAGUUUCAGUUACUCGAACAAGUGCAGUUUAUUUUGCUUCUACCUUAUUUUUAAAAAUGUCGCGCUGUUUUUUAGUAAACAUACCCAAUGAUUUUUGUUUCUAACUCUGCAUUCAGCAUAUUUUCUUCAAAUGCUAAGUAGUUAUUGUAUUAUCUAGUUUACAAAUUUCUUAAAUAAAUAGUGUUAUGAUAAAAGGAAGGUUGGUGAUAUUUUAAUAAUAAAAGUUGUGUUUUCGGUUAGUGUUGAAAAUGUCUAAGUUUACUUUUAGUACACCAUCUGAGAGUCCAAGGCCUAAACAUCUUGGUAUAAGUCCACCUAGGUUAAACAGUAAACUUACUCUAACAACAAAUCAUCCACUCAUGACAUUGGGUAGUCCAGAAGAAAACUAUCCAGAUUUAAUACCAAAGAAGGCAAACAAAACUGCAGAUGAAAAAGAUUUAAGUUUAUCUAGCAUAGAUGAUGAAAGAAUACAAAAUCCGACAAACGGAUAUGAAUUCUAUAGUCUACAAAUGAAUACAUCAAAAAACAAUCUCUACUACUCAGAGAAUUUUGUUUCAACCGACAAUAAACUUCUUAGUGAGUCUUUGAAUGUGAUACAACCAGAUGUGGCCAGAAUUGAAGAUCUGAAUAAAACAGAAGGACUAAAAGUCUCCAAAAAUGUGACACCUCACAAAAUGUUGACACCUAAAAGUAAUCAAAAAGUGCCUGAUGGAGAAAAUGAUAGUGCCAUAAUUAAAUACAUUAAAGAAAGGAAUAAAAUAAUAUCUAGUCAAAGUACACCAAAGUCUCAAAGUGGACCUGUAAAUAUAAGUCAUCCGGAGGAGUUUUCAGCGGUAGCAGAUUGGUGUGAAUCUCCAUCUAUGUUACGGUCUAUACCAAAUUUUGAAUUGCCAAUUGAGAUGUCUAGUACUAUUGGCAUACAAAAUGAUUUGGAAUCCCCCGAUGUGAUAUCAUCAUCAACGCAAGAAGACAAGUCUGCGUACCAGGCGCUACUCGACCCAUACACCGGCUGUGUUGCACUCCGACAAAGAACUGAUACGAAAGCCAACUCAAGACCAAUGCGGAGAAAAAUAUUUGUGCCACCGGACGAAGACAGAAUCAGUUCAGAUAGUGUCAGUGCAUGUUCAUUGGAGUCGGAGGAUGAACCACCAGAACUGGAACCUCCCCUGGAGCCUGCUCAACCGGAUAGUGAGGCUGAUGAUAAAAGGUCGAAGUCAACGAACACUGCGAGCGAGUGCAGCGACCCUAUCCCGGAGUACUCCGCGGCCGAGGAGUUGCAAGACGAGAGGUCGUGGCUCACCGUGCAGCAUGCCGGGCGGAACUCCACCUGUGAUAUGAAGGUGAUAGAACCCUACAAGCGUGUGUUAUCGCACGGCGGGUACGAGGCGGGCGGCGCGGCCAUCAUAGUCUUCAGCGCCUGUCACUUACCGGACACCGCGCGUGCGGACUACAGAUAUGUUAUGGAUAACUUGUUCCUGUAUGUAAUAUGGAGUUUGGAACGCUUAGUGACGGACGAGUACGUGCUGGUGUACUUGCACGGCAGCGCCGCUCGCCGCCGGCUGCCCACCUUCGCCUGGCUGCAUGAGUGCUAUAAACUUAUUGAUAGAAGAUUAAGAAAAAGUCUGAAACAUUUGUACCUGGUGCAUCCAACAUUCUGGCUGAAGUCAUUCGUUGUUAUAACAAAACCAUUUGUCAGUUCAAAGUUCUUCCGCAAGUUAAGUUACGUGCGCAACUUGAGUGAGCUGAUGUCGCGAGUACCUGUGGAACCCAACGCUAUACCUGACCUCGUGAAGCAGUACGACGCCGCACGGUAGAAUAUUACUGUGUACAGUGCCAUGCAAACUUUAUGUACGCUCGAUGAUGCGUGAGUUUUGAAUGCCGUGACUGUAACUUGGUCGCCCGCGACUGUGACAAUUAAAUUAAGAAAAUACAUACUAUAUUCAGAGACAAAAACUCUUCUAGUAAAACCCUUAUUAAAAUCGGUCGAUUUCUUUGAAUUUUCGGGACAAAUAAAAGAAAAAAAUCAUCUUGUCUGUGAUUUUAUUAUAAUAUACACUUAUUUUAUCAAUUUUAUAGUUUGUUCUUCUUUCUUCUUUCUUCUCUUCUAAGUGAUCUUUUAUCUAUAAAACAAAGACAACAUGUGUCAAGUGUCACGGCAGGGAUUUUUUAAAUGUAUGAUAUGUGAAAACACACGCUCACCGAGCCGCCAUAAAGUUUGAAUCUUAUUAUACUUCUUUGAUAUUUCACUAUGUUUUAUACUCAAUGGAAGGUGGUAAGAUAGCCGAAGUAUUUAGUUUUGUAAAAUAAAUUUAGUUUUAGCAACCAACCUCUGAAUUCGAUUCUCGUUGUCACUGUAAUAAAGUUAAGUAUUAUGACUUAAAAUAAUUUUAUUUUGUUAAUUUGAAAAUUACCUUAACAAAAUAAGAUGUAAUAAUUGUAAAAGUGAGAAUAAUCCAUGAUGUCCAGUUUCUAUUAACAGCCAAAUACUGAAACGAUUUGUAAAACUUUGUUUCCUAAUAGCUGACAAUGUGACAGAUGUCAAAUUUUUAAUGGGAUUUGCAGUUUACGCUUGGUCUUCUUGCUUAAGACACUCACAUAUUGAUAUAUCGUUUCAGUGUUCGGCCGUUACGGCGUUAACUUACCACUUUUGUACGAGCUACAUAAAUGUAUAGAAAAAUCCUAUUUAAAUCCUUGUCUACGCUGUUCCUUACUUACGUAUGUACAAUUCGUAUAUUUUUCUAUUCAAGGCAAUUUGAACUUAUUUUUAAAAUUCCAUUUCUUUUUGUAAGACUAUUGUGGAAAAGCCAUUUUACACCAAUAAUUCAUUCUUGCACAUUAUUUUAAAAAAUCUGAUAUUAGUUUUUUCGAUUUUAAUUUAAUUUUAAAAUUUAAUUAAUGAGUGAUUCGAUUUAAUUGUACUUAAAGCAUUCAUAUUUCACAAUUAAGUUUACACAAUCUAUUAUUUACAUCAAUACCUAAUUUGUGGAAAUUCUCAUAUUCGAUAUAUUUUUAUCUUGUUGCAUUCCAUAUUCAUAUAAAAACCUAUUUUUAUAGCUACCUUUUUAAACCAUUCCAUCUUCCAUAUAUCUUUAUAGAAGUAGAAUUAAAAUUUUUAUUUUAAUUCUCCACUCGUUUACUAUAACAUGAUACCUGAACUUUGACGUCAUUCUUUGCACCUUCCUGUAAUUUUGAGUACUGUGUGCAUGUCUCUCUUAUUAAAGAGAAUUGUAAGGGAUGACAUAUCUCAAUAAAAAAAUAUAACUACAUUCGAAAUAUAAACAGAAAUUUAAAUUACGAUAGCUCACUAUAGACCUACAAGGAUCUUAUUGCAUUUUUGACAUAGACAUGGUGCCGUCUACUAUUUUAUAGUAACUAGUAAACAAAAAAUCCCAUCUCAUUUUUAAAUUCUCGCAUGUUGAAAACAAAACCAAAGUAUUUGCUAAUUAUUUUUGAAAUUGAAUUUUAAAAAUGUAAGAAUGGCGACAUUUCUCAGUCCAGUUGUCGCUCUCUUAUUAGUCGAAAUGUGACGCUUUCAAGAAGACAUUUUUAAUUCAUCCUUGUAGGUCUAUAGCACCCUUGAAUUUAUAAAAAAGGUUUUUAUUUCUAUCCAUGAAGGUUUUAUAUAUUUUAUGCCAAAACUAAUUGAUACACAUUUUACCAGGUCAGAUAGAUUUGUUUGACUAUAAAUACUACUGAAUAUUAUAUUUCAUGUAAAAAUAUAAUUAUAACACAAUUCCAUGACAAUAUUUUGUUAAUAAAAUCUUUUGCGUUUCUCAACUGCCAUAUUUUAUACGGUGCUGCCAUAUUAUUUUUUAUUAGGGCCUGUCCCACCACUGGCUGAUAGAGGCUCAGAUAGCUUAAAAGUAACGUCAAUGUCAA